GGAAUUGUUCGGCAGCUAAAACACAGAAGAAGAAGAAAGGAGAAACAAAGAUUGAAUUUGGGGAAACUUGAUAAAUCUUGAAAAAAUGUCGGUUCGUUUGAUGAAGAAAAUCUUGAAGGAACAAGAACCACCUGAGACUCAACAACUAAUCAAUAGCGAAGAUGAAUCUGAAUCUCCUCCUCCUUCUUCCGGUACUUUCCGUAAUCCCUUCGAUCUGCUUGACGACGAAGAUGAUGAUGAUGGUGGUGUUGACCAGGAAAACAAUGCAGAUAUCAAUGACGGAUCCUCAAUUGAGAACGGCAAUGAGAAGCAAUCGUCCACCAAAAAAACCACUCCUGAAGCAUUUGUGUUGUCAGAUAGCAAAUUUAAGAAAAAGAAAAAGAAGAAAAACAAGGAGAAGUCACAACCAGGAGCUAAGGAUAAAGGGAACUCUUGGAAUGAGUCAUUAGAACAGUUAUCAAUUGAAGACGAUUCUUGUCAUCUGGAGCAUGUUGCUCCUGAUACUGGAAAAUAUAAUCUGAGAAAUUUAAAUGGCAGAGGAAAAGUGGUCAAGCAGUGUACAUCUUCUGUCUUACAAGUGGACCCAAAAUUUCUUAAUGCAGAAAAUGAACUUCGAAGGAUAUUUGGUUCUAAAGUGGUGAAUUCAUUCGAAAAAGGUCAUCAAACUGGAAGUUCUAGACAGUCAAGAGGUGGAAGACGUGGGAGUCAGAACCAUCGAAAGACUAUUCUUGUUUGUCCUUUAGAACAUUGGCCAAAGUGGGAUGGAUCACUGUCGAUGGAACUUGUGGAAACCAGAGAUGGGAUAUCUGAUUUUAGGUAUGUACAUACAUCAUCCUAUAGCCAAGCCCAGAAAGCAUUUGAAAGUGCCAAGGCAGUUCAUGAUUUUAAUGGUAUCGUGAACAUUCUGUUGCAUCAUCCGUAUCAUGUUGAUUCACUUAUUACAUUAGCUGAAUAUUACAAAUUCAGUGGUGAACAGCAAAUGUCGGCUGAUUGUACUGCAAGAUGUCUGUAUGCAUUGGAAUGUGCUUGGCAUCCAAUGUUCACUCCUUUAAUGGGCAACUGUCAACUUAAGUUUAGUUGUGAAAUCAACAAACCGUUGUUCUCUGUGCUUUUCUCCCACAUGAAAAACAUGGAUAGACGUGGUUGCCAUCGGUCUGCCCUUGAGCUCUGCAAAUUGUUGCUUCUACUAGAUCCAGACGAUCCAAUGGGUGUCUUGUUCUGCAUUGACUACUAUUCUUUAAGAGCGGAGGAGUAUACAUGGCUUGAACAGUUCUCUGAGCAAUAUAAGAGUGAUAAUUCUUUGUGGUUAUUUCCAAAUUUCUCCUAUUCUCUUGCUGUGUGCCGAUACUAUGUCGAAAAUGAUGAACAUGCUAAAGAGAUAAAGGCAGAAGAUUUAAAAGCUUCUUCAGCAGAUCUUAUGAAGCAGGCAUUGAUGCUACAUCCUUCAGUCUUGAAAAAGUUGGUGUCGAAGGUACCUUUAAAGGAUAAAGCCUGGACUAGCAUAAUCAAGCACAAUUUCUUUAGCUCUGAUCAAACAGGGACACCCUCCUUAGACCACUUGAUCAAUAUAUAUGUCGAAAGGAGCUACAUUAUAUGGAGGCUUCCUGACCUCCAGAAGUUUCUUAGGGAUGCCGCACUUUCGGUGAUUGAGACAUUGCAGAAUGAUGGGACUUAUGCCAGAGACUGGACAUGUGUGAGAAAAGAAGCGUUUUCAUCUGAGAAAAAUGAGUAUUCUCACUUGCUGGUAUCAGAUUUCUCUGAUUCAGUUCAGACUUUGCCUCCUGAUAACUUGCAAAAUUUCAUGGUUGACCCGAGGGGAGAAGUGCCAAAUGAUGCACAGCCUGCAAACCACCGUCUCCAAGAUCUGACAGAUCGAAAUGCAAUUGCUGUCUUGCUCGAGUCUAUGUUACCAUGGAUGAACUACGGUUCAGGCCAUGAUCAGCCUGAUCAUGAUGAACAGGGCAAUGAAGGAUAGUGUUCUUUCAGUGAGGUAUUAAUUUCAUUUAAAUUGGUAUUUGGCAUUGCUUCGCGCAAGCAUAGUUGUCUUUUAUAUCCAACUUAUAUAGUGAUACUUUUUUCCGGGGCAAGUUCUGUAUAUCGUUGAAUUUCCCUUCUCUCUCCACUCCCCACCCAUAGUUUGAUGCUUCGAGUAUUUAAGAGUAUGAUUCGAAUAUUACUGCUCGAGGCUUGAGCUUUAUAGUGAGUAACUGUACAAGUCUUCCAGUAAAUUUUAUGGGGUGGUUAGUUUUGAUUUGGUUUGAUCAUAAUUGGAGCUGCAAACUUAAAGAA